AUGACCCUCCUUGAGGGCGGUGACUGUGUUACAGGACUAUAUAAGGCCAGACCAUCUGCGCUCAAACUGAACUUCAGACAGAAGUCAAGGCUAGGAGAGAUAGAGGUAUAUGGGCUUUGGAUCUUCAGGACUGCUGGAAUUUUCCCAAUUAGUGUAAUAGUAUUGUGUACAGAAGGCUCCCAAUCACUUUCAGAAGCUUAUAAAGUUUGUCUGGAAAUUUUCUUCUGUUCCAUUUUACUCUCCUGUGAACACGUUUUCUGUUUUCAUUGCAUGCAAACAUGGCUGCUAGAACACAGGGAUCUGAAAUUGACCUGCCCCAUGUGUCGAGGGGUAGCAGAGAGCCCCCCUUUGGAGGAAUGGCAAAUCGGAGCACUAUCCCUUCUGGUCAGACAGCACAGUGGCCUACUGGUGAAAAGUCUGCACAUGAGCAAAGAAUUGCUGAGGUUCCAGGAGGUUAUGACUCUGGAUGCAAGCACUGCCAACCCCUUCCUUGUCCUCUCUGAUGACCUAAGGAAUGUUGGGUGUGGGAAGAUCUGCCACAACCCAGUGGAAGACCCCAGAUUCACCUACCUGACCUGUGUCCUGGGCACCCCAUUCUUCUCCUCUGGCUGCCAUUACUGGGAGGUUGAGGUGGGGGAGGGGAAGGAGUGGACUCUAGGGAUCUGUAAGGAGUCAGUCAACAGAAAGAGGAAAGGUGGUUUCUCCGUUGAGCAUGGCUUCUGGUUUAUCAGCAUGAAGGCAGGAACAAUCUGCAUCAACUCCAUCCCGGAAACCAGAAUUCCUGCAAGCCCUGAACUUAGCCAUGUAGGGAUAUUUUUAGAUGUUGAGAUGGAAGAAAUCAAGUUUUUUGAUGUUAGAGAUAACAUCCUCAUCUAUACACACAGUCAUCUCUCAUGUUUGGAGCCUUUGCGUCUGUUCUUCUGUCCUGAGUUGCCUAGAGAAGGUGACAGGAGUGCUUCCCUGAAAAUCUGCUCGUGAGAAACUCAGCACUUCCUAGAAGCUUUCUCAGAGGUGAAUGAAAAGGUCAGAAUGACCUAGAGAGAGAAAAUGUGCUACACUAGAAAGAUUUUUAAAAAUAGAUUUUGUAGAUUUGGCAACUAACCAAUUUUUAGGCUAUAUUUUGUAGACUUUGUAGCUAAAGAACUGUGGGGUUUUAGGGGAUGUUAUUAAGUGCUCUAAGCCUCAGUUUUCCUAGUCUUCAAGUGGGGAUAAUUAUAUUUCUCAGCCAAAUAGUUGUGAUGAUCAGAGACAGUGCUGUGCAUUUAUUUUGUACUAAAUACAA